AUGGAAGGGUUCCGUCCCACCACGCCCGUACCCACCGGUGAAAGCGAAAGUGAACCGACGGGAGCUAGUGGAUCACGCUCACCCUCACCCCAACCCGGCCAAAAACAACCGAAAAAAGUGUCUUUUUCCGAUGAGCUACCGCAGCAACCGAGCUCUGCAGUCACGAUCGAAAAAAGUGCCCCCAAUGAAAGUGAAAGCGGUCGGCCGCAGGAAGAAAAUCCGUUCAUUUUCGUUCUGCGUCAGAACGAUAGCUAUCUGCAGGAUAUGCACAGUUCUGCCCAUUCACCGUCGGACGGUGCCGUGUUUCCGAACGUGCGCCGUACGUCGUUGCAUUCGAACGAAAGUGAAACCGCAUCGUCGACGGGCAGCCGCGCUAGUACAGUGACGGCUGACACUGGGGGCGAUGCAGAGAAGAAGCGAAACUCUACCGAGCUUGUGCCGUUUGACCCGAUAGCGGCUGGAUUGGUAAAUGGGUUGGGUGAUGCACCGAUACCGGGCAAUACACCGGCCGAGCCACGAAAACCAUCCGUCAGUGCGAUGGAGCUGGAGGUGAAGCGUGAUAAGCGCCGUUGGUUGCUGAUUUCCGAGCUGAGUGCGAUCUUCGGCGAAGACAAACACACCGUCGACGGGUUCAAGCGCAUCUUCAGAGAACAGACAUUCCUGCAAAAUCUGUUCCGGCUGUUUGAUAUGGACAACGAGAACUUCUUGGUGCAGGAUAAAUGGAUCGAACACCUCAAGGGCCGCCUGACCGAUGAAAAACAAAUCGACUUUGCCGAACAGCUCGAAUCGGUAGCGUACGUCCUAUGUGGAGACGGAACGGUAACAUAUGACAAAUUCUGCCAAAUAUGGCAUGCCAAAGGGAUUCUUGAUAAGCUGUACCGACUAAUCGACGUUGAUUCCACCAACCUAGUAUCGACCAAUCAAAUAAUGGAGUUCAUCUCGAACCUCACCAACUCACGCCCAAGAACAGGGUUCGACAAAUCUUCCCUGGAACGGUUGGAGCAACUGUUCAUUAAAACGGUCGGCAACGAGAAGGAGAUUCGCCGGGAGGAGUUUAAGAAAAUUGUUACCUCCAAAAACCCAUUCUUCACCGAGCGUGUGUUCCAAAUCUUCGACAAGGACAACUCGGGUUCCAUCUCGCUACAGGAAUUCAUCGAUGCCAUCCACCAGUUUGCCGGACAGUCGCCAGAGGACAAAAUUAAGUUCCUCUUCAAAGUGUAUGAUUUAGACGGUGACGGACUGAUUCAACACCGUGAGCUACAGCACGUCAUGCGGGCGUGCAUGGAAGAAAAUGGAAUGCGAUUCUCCGAGGAUCAGAUCGAGGAUCUUACCAUGGCCAUGUUUGAGGAUGCGGACAAGUAUAAUCGUGGUGCCAUUACGUACGAGGCGCUAAAAAAUCAGCUCGAAAAGCAUGGCGGUUUGUUGGAAAAUCUGAGCAUCAGUAUCGAUCGAUGGUUGGUUCCACUGCCACAGGACGACACAAAGAAAAAGCGCAAGAAAAAGCCCUUGCCGCAUCAGUUGACGGCACCGUACAUCAAGAACAACUACGUGUAUCUAUCCUUUCUGACCAUCUUUACGCUGAUCAACGUGGGACUGUUUGUUUCGCGUGCCAUUCAGUACCGGAACUCUAAUGGUUUUGUCAUAAUGGCGCGAGCUUGUGGUAAGAGAACCAUUACACCCUUAAUACAGAAUGCGAUAAAUAUCCUCUUACGCUACACUCUUCCAGGGCAAUGUCUCAACUUUAACUGUGCAUUCAUACUGGUGCUGAUGUUGCGCCAAUGUAUUACUUUUCUGAGGACACGCGGCUUUACCGCCUUCCUGCCGCUCGAUCAACACAUCUAUCUGCACAAACUGACGGGCGUGCUGGUGGCCAUCUUUAGCUUGGUCCACACCAUUAUGCACCUGUUUAACUUCACCACGAUCGUUGUGUACGAUCCGGUAAUCAACGCCAACAACUACACCACGGCCGAGUGGCUGUUUACGGCCCGGCCAGGGCUGUUCGGAUUGAUUGGAGGCUGCGCCAAUCCGACCGGUAUUGUGCUGGUGGUGAUCCUGCUGAUCAUGUUCAUCUGCUCGCAGCCGUUCGUGCGACGUGGUGGCAGCUUCGAAGUAUUCUACUGGACGCAUCUGCUCUAUGUCCCGUUCUGGAUAUUGGUUCUGUUUCAUGGACCAAACUUUUGGAAGUGGUUCAUCGUACCGGGUCUCAUCUAUCUGAUCGAGCGGACAAUAAGAUUAGUCUGGAUGCGCACCGAACACGGCAAGACGUACAUCUCGUCCGGGUUGCUACUCCCAUCCAAGGUAACGCAUCUCGUCAUCAAGCGCCCACUACACUUCUGCUUCCGACCGGGAGACUACGUGUUCGUCAACAUACCCGCAAUCGCGCAGUACGAGUGGCACCCGUUCACGCUGAGCAGUGCACCAGAGCAAGAAGACUACAUCUGGCUACACAUACGCGGUGUUGGCGAGUGGACCAACCGGCUACACAAUUUCUUCGAGCGGGAGCAGGAACGUUUACACAAUGGCGAAAUACCGGCCCUGGUGGCUGGCAGUUCUGGAGCGGGUUCGGUAUCGGCCGUGGCUGCUACCGGUGGUACGGUUGAUGUGGUCCAGGAGAAGCUAAAACCAACUCCCACUGGAACGAUCCACAAGAGUUCCAGCUUUGAAUCAGCUCUCAACAAAGCGAAACCGGUAGGACCUGUAGGACCAAUGCCACGGACGGGUGAUUCGACUACACCGGCCGGCAUCAUGAAGCAGAGACAUCCACCAGGAACUUCAAAGCUUGCCAUGGAGGGGUAUAGUGCACCGUCCCCUAUCACAUCCUCCACUGGGCAGCCUAAAUUCGAGCGUCAAAUGUCGGAAAAUCGAGCUCUAAAAAAGAUACAGGCUACACUGCAGAGGACCUUCUCUAGGCGCGAUCAGCUAAUUCCACGAUCGAGUGGAGCUGGUGGAGUGGGUGGCAUAUCGAAUGAAGGAUUCUCCGGUGAUGUGAUCGAUGGUGGACCGGAUGGUUCUGGACUGGGAUCAGAGCUGAAGGAUGCGAAGCGUAAGGUCACACCAGAGCAGAGCCUUCACAAGUUGAUCUUCCAACAAAAGGUACCGCUGGAGAAAUCGCUCUCGAUGCCGGACAUGCAGAACAAAUUCAAGAAACGGGAGCGUAUGAUGGUGCUUCGGGAGUACAUGCGCUCGGAAUCGGAACGCUCGUUCGAUGAGGUUCAAAUCCGCAAAGCACGGCUUCAAUCACUCGGACUGGCCUACCUGAGCCCCCAGAAUAAAUCGCUUGCCCAAAGCUUCCGCUACAUGCGCAACAAACCGACGAUAAUUGCGUUCAAGACUCCGAGCCUAGAAAACUGUGAACCACGUGAUUCAACCAACUCAAUCGUCGUUUCACCCGGAGUUUUCACGCAGAAGGACGCUGAAGAGGGUCGCACGACUGGAUCCAUAUCACCCGGUACAGGCACAUCGGUAGCUGCGAUAGGGGCAGGAUCUUCCCAGGGUAUAAUUGUAGCGGCUGGUUCUGGAGCUCCCGGCACUAGGCCUGUUAACUAUCCCGUUGGUAAACCGCUAGAAAUCUACAUUGAUGGACCGUACGGAGCACCUUCGAGUCACAUCUUCCAGGCACAACAUGCUGUGCUAAUUGCAACAGGAAUCGGUGUAACACCGUUCGCUUCAAUCCUGCAAUCGAUCAUGCACCGUUACUGGAAGGCCCGGCACUGCUGUCCGCGGUGUUCCUACGAAUGGUCAAGCGAAAUUCCACCAACGAUCAUGAACCUCCGCAAGGUGGAUUUCUUCUGGAUCAAUCGAGAUCAACGAUCGUUCGAGUGGUUCGUUAAUCUUCUCUCCCAGCUCGAGAUCGAACAGGCAGAGCUCGGCGGAGCGAUGGAGCGCUUCCUCGAGAUGCAUAUGUACAUUACCAGCGCUCUGCAAAAGACGGACAUGAAAGCGGUCGGUCUACAGCUCGCACUGGAUCUCCUUCACGAGAAGGAAAAGCGGGACCUGAUUACCGGGCUCAAGACACGAACCAACGCCGGCCGACCCAACUGGGAUAAAGUGUUCAAACAAAUUCAGGACCAGAAAAAGGGCAAAGUGACGGUGUUUUACUGUGGGCCGCCGCAACUUGCCAAAACCCUGCGCUACAAGUGCGACCAGUUUGGCUUCCAGUUUCGCAAGGAAGUGUUCUAAGUUUGUUAUUCUGUUCUAAUUUGUCGACCAUC